UCUCACAGCUGUGCAUCUCUGUGGGGAGAGCCAUAACCAUGGCAACACCAAGCUUUGAGUAGCUUUUAAAAGGCUCCUCUCUCUCCCUCUCUUAUUCUCUCAGCUGGGAGAGGAUGACACGACGAGGAGGAUUUUCUUCAGGUCUUUAACUCUCGUUUUUAGUCGCUUAGUUGACUUUCAGUCAGUUAAAGAUGAAUGAACGUUGUUUUUAUUAUAUUUUUUGCUUGUGUGGGACAUCUCUUCCCACAAACAUCUUUGUCAUUUUAAGGAUGAAAUGACAGAAAGACGGUCUGAUGCUGCUUCCGUACAGAUGGCUGCCUUGACUUUAUCUGGAUAUACACAGAGAGGUAUUGUCUCCUUAUAUAAGGAACAUGUGAUGGUAAACAGUGAGGUAAAUUUAGACUUCUGUGGAGGUGUAAGAGAUGUGACAUUCACAGAAGAAAUGGCGCUUAAAGGACUUCUUUAAUUGUCGGUAAUGUCAGUGAGGACUUGUUAUCCGUGGGGAAGACGCAGAGAGGAGGAGCAGGAGCGUCUGCGCGAGGAGGCAGGAGCGUCAAAGAGGCGGGAAGACAAGGAAAAGGAGUGUAUGCAGCAGCUCUCACAGUGUCCAGCAUGCAACCAGGGGUGUGACGUUGUCCUGAUCCUGCCCUGCUCACACACCAUGUGUGGUCCCUGCAUUACAGCUGCAGAGGGAGCAAGGUCAGGUCAGCAUCGCGGUGUCAGUCCACCUGUCUGCUCCGUGCUGUGUCCCCGCUGUCGACACCCCGUGGAGCUGCCGUGCCGGUCCUGGUCAUCUGCAACUUCAAGUCUGCCAAAACAUCCAACCCUGAGUCCUGCAUGUGUGAGCAGGGAGACUGGAAGCAGGGAGGGGGAGUCUGGAGAUCCUCUGCAGUGUGUGCAGGUGGACACACGCUGCCAUGAUGUCUGUGACGUGACAGAACAGAGCAGUGUGCACGAGCCAGGCUCCAGUUCCACUGAACCACCAGAGGAUGGCGCUGUAGACCUGCGAGAGGAGGAGAUGGAGCAGUCAGUCUAUGGACUUUCUUUUUCUCUGGACCCUUCGACUGCACCUCCCUCCCUCCAUCUUUCCAACUCCUCGCUCACUGUCACCUACAAAGAGGACAGCCCUCCUGGUCCACCUCGAGACCCCCUGGUCAGGAGAUCCCCCUCCUUAGACCCCCCUGGGAUCCUUGUCCCCCUGGUCUGUGCGGAUGUGGUGAUCAGACGAGGACAGUAUUACUGGGAGGUGGACGUCUGUAACAGCUCCGUCUACAGGAUCGGUGUGAGCGCGGUGGACGCCUCUUGCGGCUGGUGGCUGGACAGACAUGGCCCUUCUUUUUGUGCAGUGUACGAUGGGAGCCUGGAGCCGCUCUGCACAGUCCCGCCCCAGAUCAAAACCCUCGGGGUCUUCCUCAACAUUGGUGGGGGAGCCCUGAGCUUCCACAACCCUCUGACUCAGGAGCAUCUAGCCACGCUUUCUACACGCUUCCACCGAGCUGGAGUGCGCCCCGCUCUGGGCCUGCGUCAGGGUCGACUGAGGGUGCGCUGUGGCCUCCCCCCUCCUGCUCAUGUGUUCCUCAGUAAGGACUCCACCUACAGGGGGCCUCGUGGAGCUGGUGGAGGCAGGUGGCAAAGGGAGCUUCCCUUCCACUCAGUCAGGAAAGUGAUACAGAAGUUUGAGGAGCUGGCCGUGUCGGACUCAGACUCUGGUCUGGUAUCCAGUUUUGGAUCGUCCUGCUCCACCUUGGUUUCCCUUCCAGAUCUGGGGAUUCCUGGGAUGUUCCCCUCUGGGCCAACAGGACAGGAAACUGCAGCUGAAUAAUAACAGCUUCUGAAACUCUUCAAUGGGAGCAACAAACACACCCACUGCUCCUGUGAGGGGUUUGAUCUCAGGCCAUCAUUUCAAAGGCUAAUUUUUCAUCUUCAAGGACUUUUGGCUGCCUGUUUCCACUCUCUGCGUGACCCCAGACCUGCAAUUGACUCUCUCCCCAGGACGCAGGCCUUUCUCCCGUCCAAACAACCCCCACUGGUUUGGGAUUGGGCCCGAAAGAGUCCUCUAUAAUGUGAAGUGUGAGGAAAGGGUGGGCUUUGAGCAGCAUGACGCCUUCAUUUGCCUCUGUUUGACGGUUGUCCGACAGUAGGGGUUCUACUGUGUGUGUGUGUGUGUGUGUGUGUGUGUGUGUGUGUGUGUGUGUGUGUGUGUGUGUGUGUGUGUGUGUGUGUGUGUGUGUGUGUGUGUGUGUGUGUGUGUGUGUGUGUGUGUGUGUGUGUGAAGCAGCUGGGUGUGAGAAGACAAGGUGUGAGUACAGUGACACCAGCAGUGUUGACGCAGAGAGGACAGGUGGUAACGUACGUUUAUCCCACGCCAUGCCCUCGAUGGGACAGUACGGCCGCCCUCUCCUGACCCUUUGAAAACCGCAGGACGCCCGAACACUUCAAAAGGGUCGACCGAGAGCGGGAGAACAGAGAAAAACAGCACGCAUGAAUUAAAGACAGCAGGUGAUGAGCUGGUAAAAAAAAAAAAAAAAGAAAUGAGCCUGCAGAGGGUUUCCUAACAGCUUUCCUGAAUAGAUCAACCGGCAGAGACUCUGAGAGCUCUGACCGUGUCUGCAGGAGCUCGCUCUUUACUUUACAAAUACUGAGAUCACAGUUCAGUAAAACAUGCUGCAUCAGUCGUCUUUGCACAUUUUAUGUUGGAUAAAAAUGAGUUUUCUUCCCUUUUCUUAAAACAGUAUGCGCACACAAAUAGACUUUGAGGAGUCUAUAAAAACAUUUUAAAGAUUCAUGUCUGAUGCCCACGAACACCUGAAGACAUAUUCAAUCCUGAAUUAAAUACUAUAAAUGCACAGCUGUCUGUGUGUGUGUGUAGUGGUUUAAACAUAGCUUGAAUCAUCAUAUUUUAAACUUUAACUGUUUCACCGCCAGUAAGCGCCCCGCUUACGCCAUGUUCCAACAACAAGUGAUGUUCAGACCAUAAGCUGUAUAAAACAUGCACGUAGUCACCCAUUGGGUUCUGAGGAGCCUUUUUGAAGCCUAGCUAUGGAGGUCGCCAUGUUGGAAAUGCUGACUCAACCUGACUUUAGAUCGAUCCAGAAAACGCUAAGAUGGGCCUUAAACCUCCCUGCAAAUGGCCAUAACAGCCACGGCCAUAAUUAUGCAAAUCUAUUAAUUACUCUGUUAGCCUUAUGAGCUAACAGUAGCCCUAUUCAGACCGCCGUUUCAAGCCGC